AGGCUCCACCAAUCAUAACUUUGAAACAGCAGCAACCAAAAUGCGUGAUUUCUGAUUACAAAUGCUUAUUAUUUUCACUUAAUUUUGCCUAUAGAAACGUUAACAACAAUAAGCCUGUCUCUGUAAGUAUAACAAACUAAAGGGGUGUUGGUAGGGGGCGCUAGGAAGAACUCAAUACGUCUUUAUCACUACCGCACUGUACACCUUAGGCAUUAAUGAGUGUAUGAACUGAAUGUCGUGACAAGUUUACACGCGAUUAUGACUUUGCUUCUUUUGAAAACCAAAACCUGGCGUAGGUGGAGAUAUUUUAUUUGACCUGAUUAAUCAUCUUUCAAGAUCAUGUUUGCCUUAUUGCAUAUGUUUUUAAGAUCAUCUACUCGGCCUCGGUACCGACGAUGGGGUAGAGCUUUAGCAGUUCUUCUCCUGUUUCUGAUACGGCCAGGUACGGGGUGCGGACCCGGUCGUGGCAGCGGCAUCAGACGAAGCUCCCGCAAGCUCACCCCGCUCGUUUUUAAACAGCACGUACCUAAUGUGGCAGAGAAGACGCUAGCGGCUAGCGGCCUGAACGAAGGGAUACUUCGACGAGAUGACGAGCGAUUUCAGGAACUGGUGCCAAAUUACAAUUCGGAUAUCAUAUUCAAGGACGAAGAAGGUACCGGAGCCGAUCGACUUAUGACUCAACGGUGCAAAGAAAAACUGGACACCUUAGCCAUCUCAGUAAUGAACCAAUGGCCAGGAGUCAGGUUGCGAGUUACAGAGGGAUGGGACGAAGAGCUCCAUCAUGCUGUAGAGUCUCUCCACUACGAAGGAAGAGCAGUGGACAUCACGACUAAUGAUCGUGAUAGGUCGAAGUACGGCAUGCUGGCUCGGUUGGCAGUUGAAGCAGGUUUUGACUGGGUCUACUAUGAAUCCCGUUCUCACAUUCACUGUUCUGUUAAGUCAGAGUCGUCUGAAGCCGCCAAAUCUGGUGGAUGUUUUCAUAGUGAUGGAAUCGUUAGGACUAAAGAAGGACCAAAAAAACUUUCUGAGAUUAAGAUUGGAGACGAGGUUGUAGCAGUCGACAGAGACGCAAAAGUAGUGUUUUCUGAGGUUAUACUGUUCCUGGAUCGUGACGUUGACUCUCAUCGACAAUUUUACGUCAUUGAAACGGAAUCAGGCAUUCGAGUAACCUUGACUCCUAAUCAUCUUAUUUUCAUGGCCACUAGUAAUUCCUCAAUAUCUGAAAGGAAAAUUAUGAAAUCUACUCUUGCAAAGAAUGUACAGGCAGGAGACUUUAUUUAUGUAUACUCCGAUAAUUCGGUCUUCAAACCAGCAAAACCUCAUGUGUACUUACAGAGGGUGAAGACAGUCAGCGUGAUUCUGGAUGUGGGGAUAGUUGCUCCUCUAACGCAUGAAGGAAAUUUGAUCGUGGACGAUGUUGUGGUGUCUUGUUACGCUGUUUUAAAUUACCAAUAUUUGGCUCACUUGUCUUUUGCUCCCCUGAGGUUUAUAGAGAAUGUUAAAGACUCUACACUACAUUUACUCCAGAGACUCCACAUGCUGUCUGCUAAUUCGUCUCUUCAAAGGGAAGUCCAAAGUUAUCAGAAAGGUAUUCAUUGGUAUGCCAAACUGUUAUUUAAUGUUGCUUCCUACAUUAUGCCCAGAAGAUACAUUAACCAAUGAACUAUACGCACGAAUCUACUAAGAGCCA